AUGGGCUGCGGGAAAUGUUCGAAAACAACAUCAGUAGAAACACCUAGUGUUACGCCAGAUACAACGUAUCAACAACAAAACUUGUUUGACUUGGCAUCUGCAGCAUUCGGUCCUAAUUUCUACCUUGUGCCUGAAAUUGACAUUCCUCCAUUUGCAAAUACUACAAGAGACUUAGAAAACGCAUACAAUGAAGCUGUGAAGAACACGAACAAUGGUCAAGUGCUUUCGACAAAGAUCAAAGCUGUAGUUACCACAUCAGAAUAUUUAAUCAAUAAAAUAUCACAGGAUCAAACUUUACGUCAGAAAAUUGAAAAUACAGUAUUGCCCUUUAAUGUCUACGACCCAACAGAGCAAACACACAUGGAUCUUGGCAGUGAAAAUAAUAAAUUCAUGUGGUUUCAGUUACUUACUGAAGUUCUAAUUAGAAUGAGAGACGAAGAUGCUUCAGCUGGUUUAAAUGAAUUAAUUCUAAUUUGUCAACGUCAAUACAGCGGAAAUCCGACUCAGCAAGAUAUUAUCGAUGAACUAGAAUGGUACGAAUCGAGGAAUGCUGUAUGGUGGUAUACACGUGAUACGUUCAUUUAUAAAACUCUCAAUCGAGCUCUAAGAAAACAGGACUUUGAAACGUUGUGGACAUUUUGCUUUCUUAUUCGCGACUUGUAUAAACAAUUGAAGGAGAAACGAAAGUUUACAGAACCAAUAGUUUACGUUUAUCGUGGUCAACUAAUGUCUCUCGAAGAACUAGAGAAACUAAAAAUAAACGAAAAUAAAUUUAUAUCUGUCAAUACGUUUUUUUCGACCACUCGUGAGCGAACACUUGCACUCGUAUUUGCUGGUGCUGGUACUCAUAAUACAGAUGCGAAUGUAGUAUCCGUUCUGUUUGAGAUUGAAGUUGAAACUCAACUGGAAGACGCUAAACCGUUUGCUGACAUCAGCGUUCUCAGUGAUCUAGGCCCAGAGGAAAAAGAAGUUCUUUUCAUGUUCGGAAGUGUAUUUAAAAUAGUGAAUAUCUCCAGAAACGAAGACGAAAAACUAUGGAUAAUUAAAUUGGUUUUGGCAGGUCAAGAAAACAAAGAGCUGAAACCUGUAUUUGAGUCAAUGAAGAAUGAAAUUCCGCAGAAAACUGAUCUUCUUGUUCUUGGAGGCGUAUUUCGUAAUAUGGGAAAAUCUAAUGAAGCAGAGAAGUAUUAUCAACGGUUAUUAAAUUCAUUGUCGGAGACUGACCCGAAUGUUUCCAGGUGUUAUGAGAAUCUCGAAAAUAUUGCUAUGGAUAAGGGCGAUUAUGAUACAGCUUAUUCAUACUGUACAAAAGCGCUGGAACUACAAAUGAAAUCGCCGACCGGUGAUCUAUCAGUGCUCGCUUCAACGUAUACACAUCUAGGAAUUAUUUUGCGAAGCAAACGAAACUACCACGAAGCAUUAGAAAACUUUUCAAAUGCUGCAGCUUUACUUCGGCAUGCAGUUGGAGAGGAUCAUCUAGAUAUAGCGAUGGUUUAUAAUAAUGUGGCUAAUUUAUACACGGAGCAGAAGAAUUACGAUUUAGCUCUUUCUUAUUUUAAUAAAUGUCUCCAAAUUCGAAUGAAACUACUUCCAGAAAAUCAUCCAGAAAUAGCUUCCAUUUUGACGAAUCUGGGUGUUAUGCACGAAGUGAGAGAAGAAUAUGAACUAGCCAUGAGUAGUUAUGAUCAAGCAUUAAAGAUUCGGUUAGCUUGUACCCCAGAUAGUUAUUUGACUGCUGUCAUAUAUAAUAACAUUGGCAACCUGUACAGAGUUGGUUAUCAAAAUUAUAGUGAAGCAUUACUUAAUUACGAAAAAGCAUUUAAAAUGUAUCAAAAUGCUUCAUUACCAUCAAAUCAUCCGUAUGUGUACGCCAAUCGAAAUAAUAUUGAUCUCGUCAAACGACAAAUAGCUUUUAGACAGCUCUUCAACUAA